AUGGGUUACAAUGUAUGCAAUAUGGAUAAAUUUCUCAAAAGAAAAUUAGCAAUAGACCAAUCAUCCUCAUCAGUCCAAGAAAAUAAAGCCAAUGAUAAAGAAAAUGAUCCAUUAAAAGAAAGUCAUGUAGAACUAGAAGCCAUCUUAAAAGAUCUUCCGUGUGAUCCAGCUCUACAGCUUAAAAUCAAUCAUUAUCAUCCUAAUUAUAGGAUGCAAUUCGAAGAUUUUACUUGCAAAAGAGUUGUUGCCAACCUCAAAACUGCCAUUAUAAGUCAAGCUGGUAGUAACGCUUUCGUUAGUGAGGGAUUUUGUAAUUGGAAGAAAUCAGAACGCUUUCAAAUUCAUGUUGGCCAGCCAAAUAGUGCUCAUAACCAAGCACGACGGAGUUGUGUGGAGUUAAUGAAUCAAAAGCAACAUAUCAAAGUGGCUUUGUCUAAGCAAUCAGAUCAAGUUAGGAUUGAAUACCGAACUCGCUUGGCUGCAUCCAUUGUUUUUAUUAGAUUUCUUUUGCGUCAAGGGUUGGCAUUUCGUGGUCAUGAUGAAACUGAAGACUCGAAGAACCAAGGUAACUUUCUCAGACUUCUUCAUUUUCUAGCUCAGCGCAAUGAACAUUUUAAGAGUAUUGUUUUGAAGAAUGCUCCUGGGAAUCUUAAAUUGAUAGCACUAGUGAUUCAAAAAGAUAUUGUGAAUGUUCCGACAAAUGAAACCGCAAAGGCUAUCAUUAGUGAUCUUGGAGAUGACAUAUUUUCAGUUUUGAUUGAUGAGUCUCGUGAUGUGUCAAUUAAAGAACAAAUAACUAUAGCCAUACGUUAUGUAGAUAAAAAGGGUCAUGUGCUUGAGCAAUUUCUUGGCAUUGUAAAUGUUAGUGACACAACAGUAGUAUCACUUAAGAUGGCGCUUGAGUCAUUAUUUUGUAAGCAUGGAUUGAGUUUGUCAAGAUUACGUGGACAAGGUUAUGACGGGGCAAGUAAUAUGCAAGGAGAAUUUAAUGGUCUGAAAAGUUUGAUUUUGAGGGAGAAUGAAUAUGUUUAUUAUGUUCACUAUUUUGCUCAUCAACUUCAAUUGACACUAGUAGCCAUUGCAAAAAAUCACAUUUCUGUUGCUUCGCUUUUCAACUUGGUUACUAAUUUGACAAAUGUUGGUGGAGGUUCAUGCAAGCGUUAA